AUGAAGGAAACCAUGCGCUCAACGCUCCGCAGCCAUGAGAGGCAGAUGCGGCAGCGGCAUGAGCAAGCACGUCACCGCGAGCCUCCAGCCCAUGGUGCUCCAUCAAUUGGACGGUCAUCGUCACCAUCUUCAGUAUCGCGACCAUCUGAUAGCAGCAACACGCCACCUAGCAUCUCGUCUCCCACUUCGGCGAAGCCCGUGGCACGGAACCCCGUGAGCAGAAGCAGCUCGAUUUCUCGGCAACAGACGAAAGCACCAGCGCCGGCGAAGUCGAAGAGGGGGAAGAAAGGGCUGGUGACAAUGUACAGAGAGGCGCCGCCAAGCGAUGGAGAGAUGCUUUUAGAGGGGUGGCGGGGGUGGCAGGAGAAGAGGAAAAAGGAGGAGCUUGAAAAGAAUGCGGAGGGCAAGAGCGAGGAUGAGAAGGCUCGCCGAAACGGAAAUUCCUCUCCACGCCCUAGUUGUCGGCCCGGUGCUGGCCGCGCGGGUACUUCUCUCUAUGGAUACAGCAAGCACACGGCAUACGAGCAGGGCAACACGAAGCCAGACGAGCUGGAUUUGCUGGUGUCCAAGGUGACGGACAAAUUAUCGCACUGGGGCAAGGGGAUCUCGGAGAAGAAAAUGGAGGAACGUCAGCGUAAGGAGCGCGAGGCGCUGAAGAAAAGCAUAUCAUCGCCCAGACCCGCCAGCUCCAGCACCGACAACAGCGGGCGACCUAGCCUCGAGCCGCCGUCCUGCCGCCCCAGCUUCGGUAGCGGAGGGAGCAUCCGGACGGGUGGGUCGAUGGCGGAGCGAAUGGCGAAGCGCGGCUCCUUUGAGAUCCCGUUCUGGCCAAAAGGUAAGGGUUCGGCUCAGCACGACGAGCGCUGCGUACAGGUUGGGGGGGACUCUGUCGACCCGGAGCUCGCGUCAGCGCCCUGGAAUCAACAUGUCACCAAGUCCAGUCCCUUUUCCUCGCCGGCCAGCAGCAGGAGCUCGACGGACAAGUCCGACUCGCCGUCCAACAAGUUCUUCGGUAGGUUCGUCCCUUCCCCCACCUCUCUAUUCGGCAGUAGCCACGCAGCAGGGACCCGACGCCGCGGUUCUGACGGUUCUGACGACAGCUUUUUUGGUUGCCAAGGUAUCUCGGUCGAGGAGGAACAUACAGCGCAGCAUCUCGUACACCAGGACCGGUGUGAGGGGCACAUCGAGAGCCUUGACUUCCGCGCGCCGCCCACGCCGCCUGACGGCGCGAGAGAGCUCUUCGGUCAUGGCGAUGACGACGAUGACCGCAUCUGCUACUCCCGCGUGUCACCGCAGCGCCCGAUUGUCUCGGACCACGGCGUGGACAGGCGUAGUGCCGCCGCGGAGCUGGUCGGUCAGCGUCAGCGGCGUAACAGCGACGAUCACGAGCCGGACGGCGACGACAACCGCGUGUCCUGGUGGGAUCCGCCAGCGAAGGGGGCGGACGAGAGAACGAAGCAUUGGAGGGAUUACAGGAGGAAUUUGAGAGGCACGACCUUCUCGGGAAGGAAGGAAGGCAAGCCGUUCUGA